CCGAGAAACACCCGACCCUCAUUCUCCAAUAAUAUUUGUAAUGCACUGGAACCGGGCUGCCGCUUCAGGAGAAUGGCGGUGUCGGAUUAACAAACUCCCAGUAGCUUUCGUUUGACAUGGCCAGAACCCCCACCACCCAAUCACAGCUACUUUCUGGGCUGGUGGGUUCCUGUACGGCAGCUGCCUCCCGCCAUUACCAAUGAUGUAGUGCUCGAAGGAGACAGCCUAUCCGUUUCCAUAUCUAUUCACAUCAUCGGCCUCAAAGUGAACGACCUAGGUACCUAAGUACCUAUUUGCUCUGGCUUAGAUCUAUCUCUAUCUACUCCAGGCCAUUUUCUCCAGUUCUUAUCGCAGAAUACCGUUUCCCUCCCUCCUCGUCACCCCGCCACCCCGCCACCCCGCCAAAGGUAGCUCAUUCGUGAACAUGGCGCAAACAGACUUGGAUCUCUUGCUCGAAAUGGGGUUCGAGCAAGAACGUGCUGAACUGGCCGUCAAGAGAACUGGAGGACUCCAGGGAGCCCUCGCUUGGUUAGAAGAUAACCAAGACAAGCCGCUGGAUGAGUUGAAGGCAGCCAAACCAAAAGCUGCUGAGGAGGGGGUUGAGACGUCCGUUUCACCUUUGGAAGGUGGUGAAAAUGCCAACUCGCUCGUCUGCAACGAGUGCGGCAAGAAGUUCCGCAGCCAUGCCGCAGCCUCCUUCCAUGCCUCCAAAACUGAGCACACCGACUUUUCCGAGUCAACAGACGAGGUUGCCCCCUUGACUGAAGAGGAGAAGAAAGCUAGACUGGAAGAACUGCGUCUACGCCUUCAGGAGAAGAAGGCCAGCCAAGCCGACCUUGACCGGGACGAGGCUAAGCGCAACGAGAAAAUCCGUAUGAAAUCUACCAAGGAGACCCAAGACUUGAAGGAGGACCUUGAGCGCAAGGAGCAAAUCAAGGAAGCUGCCAAGAAGCGGCAAGAGAAACAGGACGACCUCGAUGCAAAGAAGCGGAUCAAGGCCAAGAUUGAAGCCGACAAGCAGGAGCGCCGCCGCAAGGCUGAGGAGGCCAAGGCCGCACGGGAAGGUCGAGCCCCCCCGGUUGAGGCUGCACCACCUCCGGCAGCUCCGGCAGCGUCAAGACCGGCAGUUAACCACAGCGAGGCGCGCCUACGACUGCAAACCUCGGCUGGAAAUGUCCAGAAGACAUACUCUGCCGAUACCACCCUCUUCGAGGUUGCCCAGGCGCUGCAAGCAGAGGAUGGAAUCACCGCAACGAGCUUCACCACAACAUUCCCGACGAAGACAUAUGAGGGAAGCGUCGAUUUUGGAAAGACCCUGAAGGAGGCUGGCUUUGUGCCCAGCGCAGUCCUGAUUGUGAAGUAGUGGGUAGGACAUGGGUCGUAGGGCAUCAUGGCAUUGAUGCUGCGGAAUAUUGGGCCAGCUACUCCUGGAAAUUCUCCUAGUCGGUGGAUAGCAUACCAAAUCGAGAGCACACAUUGAUCAGCCAACAAGAGUCGUGGUUUCUAGGUAGCCUGGGUGUUGUCUCUUACAACGUAUUAUCCCCCUUGAACAACGUCGAAUGGGCUCGACGUACUUGUAUCCAAGUAUAGGUUUUGGCAGGGAACCUACGACGACCUCCUACAUAGUAGUCCAUGCAAACCGGAUCCCUAAUCCAAAUUUGCAAGGCGAGAUAUGGUCCGACGGCGCAUAGAUGGGAGUUGCCCGAGAGAGUACAGUGGCAUUUCCUCGGCCCACUCAUCAGCAAGAUGAUUUAACAUGGAUGCAUUCAUACUGCUACGGCAGACACGGACUCCGACGCUCGUCGAGAAACG